UCCUGCAGUCCGGUGGGAGACGCUGUGGGGGAAGGGUUGUAAUUCCUAGUUACAGUUUUCUCACCUGCAGCUGGGACAGACGGGAGCCGAAUCUACUGAGUGGGAGCGGAGCGCUGUGCGGGAGAGAUAGCCAUGGAGUGGAAUGAAAAUUCAGAAAUAUCAUGUGACUUGGCAUUUUCAGAGGCGCAGAGAUGGAUACAGGAAGUUACGGGUAAAAGUUUUGGAAACCAGGAUUUUCGCUCCGCACUUGAAAAUGGAGUACUGUUUUGUGACCUUAUUAACAAGAUCAGGCCUGGAAUCAUUAAAAAGAUAAACAGGCUGUCGACGCCUAUUGCUGGCUUGGAUAAUAUUAAUGUUUUCUUGCGGGCGUGUGAAAAACUUGGACUAAAAGAAGCACAGCUUUUUCAUCCCGGAGAUCUUCAGGAUUUAUCAAAUCGUGUUACUGUCAAACAAGAAGAGACAGAAAGAAGAUUAAAAAAUGUUUUGAUCACGUUAUACUGGCUUGGGAGAAAGGCACAAAGUUUAUCUUAUAAUGGUUCACAACUUAACGUGAAGGCAUUUGAAGGAUUACUGGGACAAACCUUGACCAAAGCUCUAGAAGAAUCCAGCAGUUUGAAGAGAAGCGGUAGAGACAGCGGCUGUGGUGAUUUGUGGUACAGAGAAAAGGGGGAAAAUCUUGUUUCUUCUCAUAAAAGGGACGACUCCUGGGACAGCUUGGACUCCUUUGGCUCCAGGUCUUAUACAAGCUUUUCUUCAGACACAACCCUUAAAGGAAGCAGUGAGGGUGGGGAAAGUGACACAGAGUCUGAACUGACCUUCAAAAUGCAGGACUUGAAUAAAAAUGAAAUGGCUUUCAGACGCUCUACUGCUGUAGAGCCCAAAGCAGCUGGUAACUUUAACCAGUUCCUUCCGGGUAAAGCAAAACCGAUAAGUUACAUGCCAGCACCCCUGAGGAAGAAGAAAGUAGAUAGGAAUGAGGACAACAGAAGGAGCUGGGCAAACCCAGUCUUCACCGAGCCAGAUGGGACAUUUUCCAGUUCAGAUUCUGACGAUGAUGGGAAGUUACCCGAUUUGGUACUUGAUGAUUUAGCGCAAAGAAAGUUUCGCAUAAAUGCCAAGCCAGAUGCAAGUUUCACUCUUCACGCUCCGGUCAAAAUAGACUCUGUGAAACCUUUCAGCCAAGACCAAGAAUUGGUUCCGAAGAGCCAAGAUGGCCAAAAAAAACAUAUAGGUUAUGUUAGAAUAUCUUCAGAUGAAGAUGACGAAUUUUCAAGAGAACUUCCAAAUAUUAUCAAGGAUGACCUCUAUGCUAGAAAAGUCAGUCUACCUCCAAAUCAAUUAAAGGACAAGGCAUUUCUGCACAAAUCUGAACAAAUGGAGGGUCAAGCUCAGAAAAUGCGGACUAGAACACCUCAUCAUUGGUACAAUGAAUUUCAGGGAUUCAGUAAGCGAGCCAUGGAGGACAGUGAAUGGACAUCUGGUAUUGCAUCCGUUUUAAAGCUGAAAACUGAUGUGCUGCAAAAUAAGGAAUUUGAAGUUCGAUCAGACAUCGGUAACAGUAAAGAAGGCAAGAAAACAGUGGAUCCAUCUGAAAAGCCAAGUCAAUUUUUAAUACUUCAAGCACUUCAGAAAAUAACCUCUGAUUUGAUGUCUUCUGAAAAUAAAGCAAAAAGUGACCCAACAUCUGGUCCUAGACUAAUACACUCUAUUCCAAUAUCAACAAGUACUCAAUCAGAACAUGGCAUAUAUACAAUACCGGAUCUAGAAAAUGAUGAUUUGUUUGCACGUAAAACUGGAACAUUUCACCUCAAUCAAGUAAUCAAUCUUGGUACCCCUUUAAAUCAAGUACUGGAAAUUGAAAAAGACAUUGUGCUACAGAAUAAGAAGGAAACUGAAGAUCUUCCUGAUUUGGUAAAAGAUGACAUGAUUGUGCGUAGAGCUCAAUCUGAACCUAAAGAAGUUCAUCUCUCAGGUGCACCAGAAAUUUACAAUGCAGUGCCAUUUCCAGAUCCUUUGACCCUUCCUGCGGAAAUGCAGGCAAAGUUUCUAUGUUUGGUAAAGAAACCCACAGGACCUGAAAAGGAAGAUAACCAGGGAAGAGUACUUGAUCCUUCUGAAAAACUCAGGAAAGAUGAUAUGUUGACUAGGAAAGUUCAGUUGUGUCAGUCAUCCCUAGCAACAACACCAAAACAUUUUACCUCUGGUCCUUGCAGCGAGGAAGACCUAAAAAAGUGGGACUCAAUUAGAGAGGCUAGCAAAAUAAGACACAAGAAGCGCCAGUUGGUGGAAAGACUGCGGGAAAAACGUUCCAUUGACAGUGGGAGUAAAUCAUUUGAAAACUGCAAUGCAGAAGAACUUCAAAAUCUGAGAAAAAUUCGCUUUGAUGAAAUGCAAAAAAUAAAGGGCGAGUUACAGGAGCAAGAUCAGAAAUGGCAAGAUGACCUGGCAAAAUGGAAAAAUCGCAGAAAAAGCUUCACAUCAGAUCUUCAGAAGAAGAAGGAUGAAAGAGAAGAAAUUGAAAAGAUUACAAAUGAACCUCCUGAAAGGACUUAUAAGACUUUCAAAGAAAUGCGUAAAGAGAGGGAGAAUAGAGACAAUGACAAUUCCAACAAUGGGCAGCAAAAAUCAGAAUACAGGAGACAGUAUUCAUCCAGUGAUGAUAUUUUCGGUGAAUCAACUGUACCAUCUAAACCAGCACUAGAAAAGAGUUACACCAUUGACAUCCCAUACACAAGGAGUACAAAGGUUUCCUUGCAUACUACGCAAAAUUCUCAUAAACCGAAUGAAGAUUUAAUGCAGUUUGAUGAACCCAGUUCUGAUGUUGAUGUUGAUGUUGUUGUGCCUCAAAACAAGGUUCAUAGUGAUGUAAGUGUCACUGUGAAAAGCUCUCAGAAGGAGAUAAAGCCUGUAGGCAAGACAAUGUCUGUUGAUGAUUACACCCCUUAUGUUCGUAAUUCCACCUAUUCAACAACGAGUUAUGUAAAGCAAGAAAACUCAUUGCCCAUUCAAACCAAUAGUGUGCAAAGCCAGAACUUUUCAUCCAGCUCCCUAAACACAGAAAGCAAGCCCAGCGGAAUUUCUUCUUCACUGCCAAGAGGUUUCCAGAAAACGGACACUAAACGAUUGUCGUCUGUGGUUACACCGAGGCCUUUUGGAUCCCAAUCUACAGGAAUCACUUCACUAACCAAAUCUUACACAUUGGAUGAUACACGAAGGUAUAAUGGUUCAUCUUUCACCUCCAAUUACAAGACAGAGGUAAAUAAACCCAGCAGUACAUUCCAAAGUGAGAAAGAUGAGGCUCGAAGUGAAGACGAUGAGAAGAAAGAUGUGAGCCAAAGUAUUUCCUCCACAACAUAUGAUUUCAAGCCAGAGAAGACCAGUGUGUCUCAGACUGUUGCCAUCAAUUCUAGCUCUAUGGACCAGUACAGCGACAUGAGAAUCAGCAUCAACCAGAAGCCUGGAAGAAGCAACGACUUUGGGUUUAAAACCUCCUGGAAUAGUGCUGGGGUUUUCGUAACCUCUGUAGAUGCAGGCAGCCCAGCAGAAUUUUCUCAACUGCAGGUAGAUGAUGAAAUUCUAUCUCUCAAUGGUAUCAAGGUUUCUUCAAUGGACUAUAAUCAGUGGAGGGAAGAAAUGGACAACGCUCUGGAAACUGGAAACCUUGCAAUAGAUGUCAGACGAUAUGGCAAGAAUGACUGGGGCAGAGAUCCACCUUCCCUGCCGUACAAAAGCCAUAAAACCCUCAAUCUGACCAGUAUGGAUACCAAACUUGUAGGUUCUACAGAGAAUAAGUGGAUUGAUGCCAGUUCCAGGGAAAGUAGGUCCCCAAACUUAUCACCUAGAGGCAAAGACGCAGACUCUGGAAAUGUUAAAGAGAUCAAACAUGUGAAUGGUCUAAAAGAUGAUGUCGAUUCGAAGCCAAAAGACAAUGAUCCAGUUUCUUUGAGAAACUAUAAAAGACGUUCUCAAUUUUUUGAGCAAGGAAGUUCGGAUUCUACUGCGCCAGAUUUGCAGAUGCCAGUUCCAUCACUAAACGUUUCAACACGAUGGUCGUGGGAUCCUGAAGAUGAAAGAAAGAGGCAGGAAAAAUGGCUUCAAGAACAAGAACACAUUCUGCAGGAAAAGUACAAGCAAGAACAAGAAAAACUUCGCGUUGAAUGGGAGCGAGCUCAGCAAGAUGCAGAGAAGGGAAGAUCUCAGCAGAUCAAUCAGGAGGAAACGGUUCUAAAAUUCAACACUUCUGUAACUUCACAUAUGCCCUCAUACAUGAAGCCAGAAGUAUCCGAAGCAUCCAGUUUAGUGAGCAUUAAAGAUGACCAUAGAGAACAAGAGAGGAGACGGGAAGCAGAACAUGAGAGAAAAAGAAAAGAAGAAGAAGAAGAAAGGAUGCAUUUCUUAGAGGCCCGGAGGCUCCGGGCAGAGGAAGAAAGCAAUCGGCGCCAGCAGGAAGAAUUGGAUAGGAGAAGGCAAGAUGAAGAAAGAAGGCAGAAAGAAGAUGAGCAAAGGAGACUUAGGGAAGAGGAAUGGCAGAGGAAGAAAGAUCAAGAAGAGCAGCAGCGGCUGAAAGCUGAGAGUGAGAGAGACUCAGACAAUGGUAACAACAGGGGUUUUGGCACUACAUGGACAGCAGGUGAUUCACAGCAAAGACCAAGCAAGGAAGUCUCUGCAGAGCUGGAAAGGCAGAGAAUAGUUCAAGAAAUGAGAAAGAAAACCAAUCUUAACAAUGACAACAGUUGGAUCAGGCAACGUAGCUCUAGUGUCACAAAAGACACAUCAUCGGUUCCAAAUUUUAUGAGAAGAGGUGAGUCAUUGGACAAUCUAGACUCUGACCCAGGUUCCCAAAGACAGUCAUCUUGGACAAAUCAUUCAUCUUCAUACAACGCUUUGUCAUCCAGUCAAGAUUUUAGUCGCCCUUCUCAAGUUGUUUCCACAGCUAACCGCUCUUACCUACGUGAUCCAACCUCCAGUCUCCCAGGGUUCUCCUCAGGAUCUGUGCGCAGUGCUUCCCUUUCCCAGACUACCAUGUCCUCAACAUUACCUCACACUCAAUCUACAACACAGACAUCUGCUCAGCAGCGCAACAAGUCAGUGAGCGGGAAGAAAUUGUGCUCUUACUGUAAUAACAAUUUGGGCAAAGGAGCUGCCAUGAUCAUCGAAUCUCUUGGUCUUUGUUUUCAUUUACAUUGUUUUAAGUGUAUUGCUUGUGACACUGACCUCGGAGGAUCCCAAUCUGGAGCAGAAGUUAGAAUCCGAAAUAAUGACUUGUACUGCAACAGCUGCUACAUUAAAUUUAAAUCUGGGCAGCCCACCUCCAUGUGAUGGUCCUAUUACUGCAGAGCCACUUCUAGAAGAAGCUGAGGAGUACCAAUUAGACGAUGAUGUAAAUGUAUAAGCACAAGCUGGAUGUGUGCUUCAUGUGGUUUAUAUAUGCUAUCUGUAAUAUACAACAUUGCAGUUGCCCUUUAUUCUUAAAUUAGAUUUUGUUGACAUAUUUAUGAAAGGAUAAUCAAAGCUAAGGGGCAUGUUGUAUUUUCAGUGUUCUGAAAUCUUUGUAAAAAGUACGCUUUUAUGUGUAAUUUCAAAACAUUUUUGUGCCCUUCUUUCAUCUGUUUCAUUGCCAGUGUCUGAAGAUGGUAUUCAUUAAAAUUCUAUUUAACAUGCAAUAUCAAAUUAAUAGUAGAUGGCUGUCACCACCUUUUGGCAAUAUAUUUUCAAGAACAAAA